CUUUCAUAAUCCCUGACAAUUUUAAUGAUAGUCAUUGUUCGAUGUUUUUCGACCAACAAAUCCGAGACCGCAAAAGCGAGAACUGUCAAAAAGUUUUAAACAUCGCCUUGUUGAAUAUCGUGCUGUGGUCGUGAUUACCAAACCUUCGAUUCAUCAAGCAUGGCAGCCGGCGCACCAGCCAGCCGUGGUCUUUCGGCCCUUUUCAAACGAGGCUGGAAUGAGAUUCCCGAAGUUGUCGGUUCAUCAGCUAUGGCUAUCAUCGGAAUCGGACUCACCUUGGUUGGGUUGACCAACUACUACCGAAAGGAUAGCGAUAACCGACGUUACAAAACGGAUUACGUCGUCAUGCGCCCGGAAGAUCCCCGUGCUGCCAGGAUUCGAACGGAUUAGGUGGCAAAAUAUUCGUAUUAGAGAAGGAAUAAAUCGGAUACUGUUGUAAAUCGAA